AUGCAAGAAGAACCGAAAAGGGAGAGACUGAUGCACCUGGACUUCGUGGCCGUGGCGGCGGCGCAGGCGGUGGUAUGCCUGGCGAGUCUCUACGAUUUCUCGAAGGACAACGCCGGACCACUCAAGUCCGGUGUUCAGAGCGUCGAAGACACCGUCAAAGCCGUCGUCGGCCCUGUCUUCGAUAAGUUCCAUGAUGUUCCCUUCGAGCUCUUGAAGUUCGUCGAUCGCAAGGUGGAUGGUGUUGUGCGAGAGGUCGAUCGUCACGUGCCUGGGCUUCUAAAGCAAGCCUCGAACCAGGCCUACUGCGUGGCCCAAAAAGCUCCUUCAGUGGCACUCGCCACCGAGGUCCAUCGCACUGGCGUCAUCGCCACGGCCACAAACACAGCCCGGGAGCUCAUCUCGAGGUACGAGCCAGUGGCCGAGGAGUACGCGGUGCGAGGCUGGCGGUGCCUGAACCAUUUGCCCUUGUUUCCGCAAGUGGCGCAGAUCGCUGUUCCUACGGCUGCGUACUGGUCCGAGAAGUACAACACUUUGGUUGUCCGUGCUGGUGACAAAGGGUACACUGUUGUGUCUUACUUGCCGUUGGUGCCUCUAGAUAGGAUUGCUAAGGCGUUUGGUAAUGAGCCUGGGUCGCCCGUUGCUAACAGCACGUCGAAACCAGAGGUUGCUGCGGCGGAGUAGGUCUGUAUAUUUUUAUACUUUGUACUUGUUGUUUGUUCACUUUUUUUUUUUUUUUUUUUAAAU